AAAUCAGCUGUAUAUCUACAACAUUUACAAUAAUUUCCAGAACUAUCUAAGUUACCACUAACAGUUGACAUAAUCUUAAUACCUUAACUUUAGAGCAUCAAUGUCAUUGCAACAUCACAGUCAAGAGUUGCUGGCCAGUGGCAAAGCAUUACUUUCUAAUCUCUGUAUAUUAUUACAUUACAAUACAAUAUAUAAAACAAUUUGAUCUGCAUGAUAACCAUUUUAAUAAAAUAAUAAUUGUUAAGUAAGAUUUAAGGUGUGAUAGUAUGUAACUUGUCUACAAAAUAUAUCUAGUCAGGUGAUCAUUUGAGGUGCUGUGUGAGUAUUUUGCACGGUAGGAGUGUGUCACCAUUUUAAUAAGUAUGGUAUUGUUUUGACACAUCGUGGUGUGCAUUAAGCGUUAAGCAAUAUAAACACAAACAUAUUAUGGUGAUUUUAAUGAACUCACUAUAUAUUUUAUAGGAAAUUAAAACGGAAUGGCUCGAGGACAACAGAAACUUCAGUCGCAGGCAAAAGCUGCGGAAAAACAGUCAAAACUAAAAAAACAACAAGGACACAGUGCCACGGACCAAAAGAAGGCAGCGCAGAAAGCGCUCGUCCACGCUUGCGUCGUCUGCAAGGCCCAGAUGCCGGACCCCAAGACUUACAAACAACAUUUUGAAAAUAAGCACCCCAAGAAUGAUCUACCCGAAGACUUAAAGACUAUUUAAAUGAGAUGUAUUAUCCGUCGCCGCGACACCGACGACCGCCGCCGCGCCGGGCGAGUCUGAGCUCCUAGUGCGCGGCGAGUCGGCGGGCGGCGGACAGCACGACGCCUGUUACAUUUCAUAUUUUUUAUUAUUAUUUAUAAGAGCGGUCGGGACGGUCGCUGCCGCGGAAAUACACAGUUUGCCCACAC